GGGGAGGGGAGGGGACCCUUCAAGUUCCGCCUUCCCGUCUUGUUCCAAAGAUGGAUGUUUCCUUCUCGGUACUCUCGUCCGUAGUCGCUUGCCCCUGACAGUCCGAGCUUGAAGGUCAAACCGCUGGAAAUCAUCCAAGAGGAAAUUCCAGGACCAUCACACUGCACCACCUUGGAACCUCUGUCACAUCACUUGCAGCUACGUACUCCUAGAUAGAGAUUGCUCAAUGCCCCUGGCCACGACUACGAAUCACCGCCCGCGCUAUCCUUCCAAGUCCCCAUCCACUCUAUCCACCUCAACACUUCAUCACUUUCAAGGCCAAAGCAAGAGUUGCCCUUUUGCACCUCUAUAGCCAAGGUGCUGUGUUCCUCAUUGCUUCGAGACAACAAAAGGGAAUCCGACGCACUCGCGAACAUCCCUAGCAUAGCCCGCAAAACAGCUUCCCCCUCACCGACCGAGACCGCCCGCCCGCCCGCCCGCCCGCCCAACAACUGCAUCUCUCAACUCGUCCUACGGAUUUGCGCCUGUCCCUCUACCUCCCGCUUGACAAACUCCCGUUUCAUACGGCCGAUCCUCUUAGCCAUCUAUCUUAAUUAUACCAACUCUCCAGUACAUCGAUACUGCGCUUUGUCGCCUCGCUCCGCUGUAAAGGGAAUCCCCAAUUAAUUGGACCGCGAACAACCGACCGCGACCUGCGCCACGCACCGCCAUAAGCAGACACGAGCCGUUCAUCGCUCCGAACACUUCCCGCCUUGUUCGUCUACCGCAGGGGGAGUACAUUAGCAAGGAAACAUUGCUUUCAUACAAUCCAACAAAACACCAAGCCCACCCAUGAUGCCGCCGUCUUCACCGCAAACACCACGGCACUCGCCGUACCCCUCCAUGGAGAACCUCCGUUCCGCAGCGUCCUACUCCCCGCAAGAGGGCCGCGCCCUUUCACACAAGUCGUCCUUCAACGACCCGUUAACGCCCUCGCGAAACAGCUUUAACUCCUCGGUGGGUCCCACGAUGGACAUUGGCAUGUUUGGAAACGGAGGUAUGGAUAACGGCGGCGGGUUGGGUAAUCUAGCGGACGAGCUAGCCGACGCCUUUUCAGACGGCGAAGACGACUACUUCGAAGGCCAAGAAGGCGAAGAGACACGCAACAUGGAUAGCAAAGGUGAAGAAGAGGACCUGCUCCCGACGCCCAUGCCCAAGGACGGGGGUGGUAUACGGGAUAGCGGUGUCGACGUGGCAAGUCCCCGGAGCCGCCAGCGCGCAAGUCUAAAAUCACAACUCUCACCGAACGGAAGGGGCCACCAUCACCACCACCGCCGGAAGGGGAGCGAGUACGACGGAAGUGAAUACGGUUCUGAGUCAGACCUAGAGCCAUCCGGACUAUCGCCUAGACUGGUAGAGAAGAUGGCCGAGGUCGAGUCGCUUGCGCGAAGAGGCACAGAAAGCAAUGGCUCAGCGGCCGACGGGGCAUUUCAGCGAGUGACCGAGGGUCUCCGCGAUCUAGGCUCACAAGCCGGCGUGGAAGGUGGUGCUACAAGAUUAAUAACCGCCCACUCGGCCCUAACAACCCACCUAACCCACCAAACCCGACAGCUACACAGUCUCACCUUCCCGCUCCUCUCCCCACUCUCGCCCGCGCCGGACGCCGAAGCGAUCGACGAACUGCUGCCCAUGCUGGUCAGCCUCUCGUCAUGCAUGCCGCGGCCGUCGACGGCCGCCUUCGCCCAGCUCGCCUCGCUGCACACUAUCACCACGGACCUGGUCCACACACUCAACUAUUUGUCCGAUACGCUGCACAUGUCCAGACAAACAACGACGACAGCGACAAGAAGACUCAAGAGUGCGCGCGAAUUGGUGGCGGAGCUCAAGCGCGAGGAAGAAUUGAGGGAGCAAGGAGAGCGCUGGCUGAGCAGGGGUAACUGGAGCGAGAGGCUGCGGAAUCGCGAGUGCGCACAUGUCUGCGGCGAGGUGGUGGGCGGGUUUGAGGAGGUGUGUAAUACUUGGCGGAAGAGAUUGUUAGCGCAGGAAGGAGGGGGUGGUGGUGGUGCUGGGGAGGGGCCCGGGACGGCAGGGAGUGUUGAGGCUUGAUGAAAGAGGGAGGCAGACUUGAUAAUGUUGGGGUUUGGCGGUAUUCUGAGAUGUGGUUGUUUGGUUGGUAAGCAUUCACAAAUGAAGAGAUUUAUAACAAAUCAGGUGUUUGACGAUGAUGAAUGAAGAGAAGGGAAGGGAAGGGAAGGAUUGACAAUAUAGAGCAAAAGCAAGAACGCGGCGCAUAUACUUUCAACACUUCACUUAACGUGAGGAAGAAAGUUUGUGAGCGAUCUAGAGAGAAGGAGAGAGGGUAAACACUAUAUAUGACGACGGAAUGAUGACCUCAACUAACAUGUCUUAUAUACGAUACAGUAGAUGGGUAAAUAGAAGAAAUAAAACCUGCGAUCGACACUAGUCGGAGGCAUUCGAAG